GUUGAAUUCCGAUGGUACACAAAAGUGCGCCAGCCCUCUUGUGUGUAUGUAUAUAUCUAUACACGUGAGUAUGUAGCUUGUAUCAGCCGAAGUGCAUGAAUCGCUUAGUACGGCGCACUCGGCAGAUAUUGUGCUUUGUGUUGAUUAUUCAUGCAACAUCCUCCUCGUGCUGGGAGACCCCGUGUGACAGAUCACUGCAAACCAGGAAUAGACUGCUAGACUGCUUCAAGGGACGUGCAUGGGGAAAACAACGCCACCAGGAUUUGCAAUUCAAAGAUAGAAAGAUCGAGCGGCAUACGAAUGUGACAGAGUCUAAAUGCUUUGCAGAGUGUAGGUAUCUUUUUGCCGCGAAACGCGUCUCACAUUGUCACGCUUCAUGGUUCAUCUCGCAUAUUCUUUUUUUGCAGAUAUAAAUCGUCUACCGCUACUACUUCGCAAGGUCAUCCCCGUAUUUUUCCUUCCCUUUUUCUCCGAUUUACUUUGAGCAUGAAUAAGACAUGCCUACCUUCAAUUCAUUCUCGUCGCUGACUGUAGCGCAUUGGGCUCAUUUGAAGCGUGCGUUGAAAGAAGGCCCGAUAGCGUUGUCAGGCAGAAACAUCACUGUCGCGGACGUCAUCGCCGUCUCUCGAUAUGGCCAGAAAGCACACCUGGACCAAGCCUCAAUUGCAGCUAUCAACAAGAGCUCGGCUCUGGUAGAGACACUGUUAGCCAAUGGCGAAGUCAUAUAUGGCGUCAACACCGGGUUCGGUGGCAGCGCAGAUACUCGCACGGAGCACGUCUAUCAACUACAGGACAAUCUGAUUGAGUUUCUACGGUUUGGCCUCGUCCCCGAGGAGUUACAGAUGCGACGACCGAACGCUGCUCAGGAACCCUCCACAAGCGUGUUGCGCCCUUCGGUGUCGAUGCCAGAGACUUGGGUCAAGGCCACCAUGCUCGUACGAGCAAACUCACUGGCGAGUGGAGCCUCCGGUAUCCGAGUGACUACGCUCGAGACUCUGCUGUCGCUUCUCAAUGAAGACAUCACGCCCAUCAUACCGAUGCGUGGUAGCAUAUCCGCCUCUGGAGAUCUCAGUCCUCUCGCAUACAUCGGCGCCGCUCUCCAGGGCCGAUCCAAUGCCAUUGUCCGAGUUAAGAAGGGCAAAUCUAGGUAUCUGAAGAGCGCAAAGGCGGCGCUGAAGAGCAGCAACAUUUCGCCCAUCCAGCUAGGUCCAAAAGAAGGCCUAGCGAUCGUCAAUGGCACCGCUGUGUCUGCAUCUGUGGGAGCCCUGGCCAUGCACGAGGCAAUCCUGCUAUCCAACCUAGCCCAGAUGUUGACUGCCAUGAGCGUCGAAGCCCUCGCAGGCACCGACGAGAGCUUCGACCCGUUCAUCGCGAGAGUGCGCCCGCACCCAGGCCAGAUAUCAGUCGCAAACACGAUCCGCCACUGUCUCCAGGGCUCGCAACUCCUAUCAAACAGCCACGCGAGCAACAACACGCUCCGACAAGACCGCUACUCCAUCCGCACCGCCCCCCAAUGGCUCGGUCCCAUCGUGGAAGACAUCCAGCUCGCCUUCUCCCAAAUCUCAAUCGAACUCAACUCCAUCACCGACAACCCCCUCCUCGACACCGACACCGCCCGCGUCCUCCACGGCGGCAACUUCCAGGCCAAAAGCGUCACCAGCGCCAUGGAAAAAGUCCGCCAGGCCUGCGAGUCCAUCGGCCGCAUGCUCUUCACCCAAACCACCGAGCUCAUCAACCCCUCCACAAACAGAGGCCUGCCGCCAAACCUCGUCAUCGACGAACCCAGCACAUCCCUCAUCUGGAAGGGCACAGACAUCCUCGUCGCCGCCCUCCAGUCCGAACUCGGCUUCCUCGCCAGCUCCGUCGCCUCCCACGUCCAGACCGCCGAAAUGGGCAACCAAUCCCUCAACUCCCUCGCCCUCAUCGCAUGCCGCUACACCCUCGACGCCCUCGCCGUCCUCGCCCAAAUGAUCGCCGCCGCCCUCGUCGCCCUCUGCCAAGCCCUCGACAUCCGCUCCAUGGACCUGCGCUUCCGCGCCGCCCUCGAACCGCUCUUCAAAUCUCACCUCCAGCGCCUCGUCUUCGCUCCCAUCGACAUCACCGUCGCCGCGGCAGAGGAAAUCCAUCAGGCCGCCUGGUCCGCGUUCCAGGCCCGUCUCGUCGCCGGCAUGAGCCUCGACUCGCCCGAGCGCUUCCGCGGGGCAGCACAAGCCACGCUGCCCGUCUUGCUGGACGCCCUUGGUCCGCACCACGUCCAAUCCGCGCAGAUACUGCAGGAGUGGACGACGUCCUGCGCUGCGUUCUCGCUUGCGGAAUUUGUCCGUGUGCGGGAGGAGCAUUUUGAUAGUCCGGAUACGGUGGAGUAUUUGGGGCUGGGGUCGCGGCGGUUGUAUGGGUUUGUGCGGAGGACGUGUGGGGUGCCGUUUUUGCGGAAUAAGAGUCUUGCUGAGGUUGUGGUUGAUAAGGGCGUGGCUGGUGUGGUGGCGCGGGGUGAGAGGGCUGGUGUCGAGGAGAAGGAGGAGGAUAGGGAGGAAUCUUCUAUCCGAGCGCCGACGAUGGGCGGAUUGAUAGGGGAUGUGUUCGAGCGGAUUGUGGAUGGCUCAGUGUGGGAUGUGGUCGUUGAUUGUGUGCGCGAGGUCGACGAGGAUGCAAAGUCGCGGGCCAGGAAUUCGAAGUUGUGAUUUUUCUUGCCGGCGACUGUUGCGGUUCUUCUGCAAGGGCGUUUUGGGCGAUCUGGGGGGGUAUCUAUAUUAGAUUGGGUCUAAAGAUACAUCCAUAGACUGUUUAUUCGUCAUGGUUUUCUUCUUGCUUGGCCGUCGUGAGCUGCCGCGUAUGUACGUACAUACGCAUGCACGC